UCGCGGUAGCUUAAGCUCGACUCUCUCUCGCACUAGAAUUCAAUUCACCGCUCGGUCCCUUUCUCUAUCUAGAAUUCGUCUUCAAGAGAAUGGUGGUGGUUGCAGGGGGGUGGUUGAUCUGAGAGGGAGAUAUGGGGGCGUGCGUGUCCACGCCUGAGGGGUGCGUGGGAGGGAGAUUGAGCCGGUCGUCCAAGAACAAGACCCGUAAGAGGAGGAGAGCCGAACUCAAACGGAGAGUGCCUUCUCGGUUGCCUGAGGGAUCACAGGACAAGUUUGAUAGGUCUGCACCAUCUGAUCGGUCCUCCGCCAACCUCAAUUUCCACGUGGCAACGGCAGGAAGUAUUGAAGAUGCAUGGUUUGAUCCAGUAGCGAAAUUUGAGUCUGACUGUGAUGAAGAUUACCAAAGUGUUCCAGAUGACUUGUUAUCUCUGAAUGGCUUUGAAGGUACAUCCAAAUCAAGUAUUUCAUCUCUGAGAGAUGUCAAUCAUGGAGACUUUAAUGUCAAUAACCAUCAUACUUCUUCCACAAGUCAUAUCCAGAAACCAGGGGGUUUGUCAUCUGGGAGUUCUGAAGGCAACUCUGGUUGUGAGGUUUCUAAAACACAAAAUUUUCAGGCCUUGAUAAAUUCAGAUGAUUUUGAUUCACAGCCCAGAUGUGAUGGACCUAUAAAUGAAGCAAACCAACCUGUGUUCCUUGACGAAAUCUCCUCGUCUGUUGAUGGAAGUCUUGGCAAGGAGGAAGGAAUGUUAGAUAACUGUGGGAUUCUUCCAAGCAACUGUUUACCUUGUCUUCAAUCCGCUGUUCCCUCCGUUGAAAAGAGAAGAUCAUCUAGCCCUAGUCCCCCAAGUUCAAGAAGAAAGGUUACCUCAAAACUUUCCUUCAAAUGGAGAGAAGAGAAUGCUAAUGGCACUCUAUUUUCCUCAAAAAAGCUUCUGCAAAGACCAAUAGCAGGUUCCCAGGUACCGUUUUGUCCAAUAGAAAAGAAAAUGCUCGAUUGUUGGUCACAUAUUGAGCCAAAUACUUUCAAAGUUCGGGGGGUGAAUUAUUUUAGGGACAAGAAGAAGGAUUUUGCUCCCAAUUAUACUGCAUAUUCUCCCUUUGGUGUUGAUGUAUUCUUAUCUCAGAGGAAAAUAGAUCAUAUAGCUCGUUUAGUGGAACUCCCUGUUAUUAAUCCUAAUCCUACUGGAAACCUCCCACCUAUCCUUGUUGUAAAUGUCCAGAUUCCAUUGUACCCUACCGCACUUUUUCAAGGUGAAGCUGAUGGUGAAGGAAUGAGUUUUGUUUUGUACUUUAAGCUUUCUGAAAGUUACUCUAAGGAGCUUCCAUCCAAUUUUCAAGAAAGUAUCAGAAGGUUAAUGGACGACGAAGUUGAAAAGGUCAAAGGUUUUCCUGUAGAUACAAUUGCACCCUUUCGGGAAAGGCUGAAGAUAUUGGGCCGUGUUGUAAAUGUGGAAGAUCUUCAUUUGAGUGCGGCAGAGCGGAAGCUUAUGCAGGCUUACAAUGAGAAACCUGUUCUUUCACGUCCUCAACACGAGUUCUACUUGGGAGUAAAUUACUGGGAGAUUGAUUUGGAUAUGCACAGAUUCAGCUAUAUCUCAAGGAAAGGGUUUGAAGCAUUCCUAGAGAGACUAAAGUUCUGCAUCUUGGAUGUUGGCCUCACAAUUCAGGCGAACAAAGCUGAAGAGUUGCCAGAGCAGAUCUUAUGUUGUAUACGGCUAAACGGAAUUGACUACAAGAAAUACCAUCAACUGGGGCUUCGUCAAGAACCCCUUUAAAAUUACUACCGAGUGCUUAAACAAUGUAAGGCUUAUAGUUAAUAAUUAAUGAAAGCUAAUUUCAAAGAAA